CCCUCAAUGCCUUCUAAUUUGAUUUCAUCAGAACAGAACUUAAUCAAAGUAUUUCAACGGAAUGUCUAGAGUAUUUUUGUUUCCUGAGCUGUAUAGAAAAACCAUUGUUGCUUUCACACUCCGUGGUCUCUAGUGUCUGGCAUCUCCAGGGAAAAGGUGAAAAGGAGAAAUCCAAUUUUUCCUUUUCUUGCUUCUCUUUCUUUUACAAUGGUACUUCUUAAGGGUAAUUUAAACAGGAAAUUUAAUUGCCCAUUAAUGGUAAUUUAAACAUUAAAAAGGUAUAAUUUUUUCAUGCUGAGAAGAACUUCCAAACACUAAUGGUCCAAAAAUUAAUGGCUUUAUAAGGAAUGUCUUGAAGAAUCAAUGUCUCAUUCUUUUUCAGCCAAGACCAUCUCUGUGUUUACACUUUGCUGACAAUUCUGGGAGAAGAGGGGAUUUCGUUUGAAGCCAGAUCAGGGAUUACAGUGAAGACAUCUUGAAAUAGGAGAACUCACUAGAAUUGGAUAUCAAAAGGAAAAAUGAAAUAUUUCCCAAAUAAAAAUGAAUGUCACAUCCAGAUUAGGCUGCUUUUCAGUGAGGUUUUGCAGCUUGGGCCACCUAGUUCUCUACUCCAGUUGUAGCAGCAUCAGUUGCGGACCAAGGAGAAUGUCUUCCUUAGAUUAUGAAAGAGAUCCACUUUUCUCCUCUGGAGAUUCCUCCGGUGAUUACCACGAGAGCUCUGGAUUGUCCACCUUAAUCACCGAUAUGAAUUUCUACAACAAAACAAACAAGACUUUUGAUAAAGAAAUAUUUCCCACCACAAUGACAUAUGCGUUACCGCUAAAUAUUUGGCCUGAAGUCAACAGGAUGGUUUAUGUUACUUGGAGUGAAUAUAGACCGGUCAACAUUUUUUUCAAUGAUACUAAAAUUGUGGAAAUUGCUUCAAAUAUGUCCAAAAUAUCAGAAAUUUUUUCUUCCCCAUAUGACCAACCGUUUGAUAAUUUAACACAAAACCUUCUCUAUGGAUUUUUUGCCAUUAUUUGUAUUUUGGGUCUGGUGGGAAAUGGAAUGACAAUUUAUCUCCUGGCCUAUUGCAUUAAGAGGAAUUCUUUCACCACUUUCAUCCUGAAUCUCUCAAUCGCUGAUUUUGGAGUCCUCACCUCCCUCAUUAUGGCAGACAUAUUUGUGACAGUGUCAACUCUGGGUAAAAGAAAUGACAUUGUCCAAACCUUUUUCUACUUAUUUUUUGAGCUCUUCUUCUUCACCUAUUCUGCCAGCCAGUUUCUUCUGACAGCCAUCAGCCUGGACAGAUGUGUGGCUGUCCUCUUCCCUCUCUGGCAUCGCUGCCAUCGUCCUCCAUAUUUGCCUAUCCUUGUUUGUGUCCUCAUCUGGAUCCUCUCCUUCCUGCUCUCUGUGGUGCACUUCAUUCUCCACCAAACCAGGGCCUUUGGAAGUUCACCUUUGUUUUACCAGCUGAUUGUGAAUGGUUUACUUUGUACACCUCUCAUGGUUGUGUCCACUGUGACUCUCUUGAUUCAUAUGAGAUCUAAACUGAAACUCAGUCAAAGGAAGCUGCUCAAUGCCUUACUGCUGUCUCUCCUCUUCUUCCUCCUUUUUUCUCUCCCAAUGGAUGUCUUUUAUGUCAUUGAAUAUUUUGGUUCCCCUAAUCUCCUCCUCAUGACCAUUGGGAUAGAAUGUGCCGCUCUCAACAGCAGCAUCAACCCUUUCCUUUAUUUCUUAGUGGGGAGGAAGAAGAGAGGAAAGGAUCAGCCCAGAGCAUCUUUGAAGCUUGCUCUGCAAAGAGUUUUCGAUGAGGAACAGAACAGCGUAGAAGAGCAGCAAACUACAGAGGAAAACAUAUUGUAAAGUGUCCCUAAUAUUGUACAAUCAUUUUAAAUCCAUAAAUAAUUUGUGGGUUCAGUAAGAAAACCUACGUGAUUUACUGAACAAGCCGAACACAAAACAGGAAAUAUUUAUCAAUGUAUAAUUCUCAAAGUGAUGAUGUUUGUAUAUUAAAUGUUUUACUUAUAUAAUUCCUUUUUUAAUUUCCUAAUAAGAACGGUUAGAAAUAAUUCUUACUGCAUGAGAUUUUUAAAAUGCAUAACAUUUAUCAUGUUAUUUAUCUUUAUGUGUUACAUAUUUUCCAAGGUUUUGUCCCUUAUAAACUUGAUAGAAUAUAUGGCUUGACUAAAAACAUGUAAAUUUAUAUGUGUGUAUAUGCAUAAUGAAAAUAAAGAGAAGGGGAAAAAAAACUACAGGAUAUACUUCCU